AGAUUUUUCCCCAUUUUGGAAAUGAAGAAACUGAGAUCCAAAGCAGCUGAGUGACUUUCCCAAGGACGCACACUGAGUGCUAUCUGUGACAUGCCCAAACCUGGAAGAGGAAUAAAUUACAAGUGGUCAAGGCAGCGUCUUCUUGAGCCCAGGACUUGCUAGUGAACUGAGUGGACUCUUUGGCCCCGGUCCAGACAGCACCAUGGAGAGAAUUGGCUCCUUCUUCAGCUCUAUCUGGGACACCAUCCUGACCAAACAUGAAGAGGGCAUCUUCAACACCAUCUGCCUGGGCGUCCUCCUGGGGCUGCCUCUGUUGGUGUUCACCACACUCCUCUUCAUCUGCUGCCAUUGCUGCUGGAGCCGGCUAAGCAAGAGCAGACAACAGCCAGAGCAAAACAAGAGGAAGAAGAAGAAGAAGAGGGAUGAGGAAGACCUGUGGAUCUCUGCUCAGCCCAAGCUGCUCCAGCUGGAGAAGAGGCCAUCGCUGCCUGUCUAGUAAGGCAGGAAGCAGAGGUGGCCCCCCUCUGGGGCUAAGCCUCCUUCCAACCACACACAGACUAAGAACAGGAAUCUCUGGAGUGACACAC